AUGAGCAAGACCUGCCUCUUCCAGGGAUACGCCAACGGCCGACGAGGUUCGAGGAAGAAGACCUCCUCGCCCCGAGAUCGUCGACCGCCGGGACACCGUGGGAGAAGGACAGGCCAAGGCAUCAAAUUUGGCUUUUGUGUCCAUUUAAGACUUUCGCAUCAUAGGGCAACAAAGGAAAUAACGGACGAGGCUGGGACGGAAAGCGAGCAACAGUGGCACGGAAGGACGAUGUUUCCCCUCCAGACGUACCACCUCGCACAGACGAUUCUCGCGUCAGCCCUUGCAGCUUCUUCCACGGAGGAGAAGAGCCAGGAAGAUCCUGUCUGCGAUUCUCCCGGAACUCAGAUUGAAAACUAUUCAUGGGUUUGGAUAGUCAUCGGCACAGGAAGGCCAGAGGGCUUUGUGGGCGCCUGCAGUCCCUCCAACGAGGCCUCUCGGUCCAAUAUAAAAGAUGGGUGGUCCUCCCUGUUCCGUCCGAGCAGGCUCGGACCGGUGGAAACGCGUGAAGCAGGCCAUCGCCAGAAGCGCCGCCGCACAGAAUGGUGUCCAACACGGGAGACACUCGUCGGUCCCGCGCCCUAUUUCUUGCUUUCAGCCCAGCACCCCUCCACCUGCUCAGAUUUCUGUUCUUUCAGGAGGCCGGGAGCAGUGAGGGCGAGUCGCAUUUCUGCCGCUCGCCUCGACUGUACCCGGACUCCAUCCUCUCACGACAGCUGGAAGCCGGGUCUGGGACCCAGCUUGCGCAGCUGCAUUCGAGACGGGGGUGUAGCGGGAGAGGCGCGGACGACCGCACCUCGUCCUCGUCCCGUGUCUGGCUGUCUUCACUGCAGGGCUGGCUCGGAUUUUGGUUGGGAGUAUGGCGUGCGAAAGGAAACAUCGGUCGGCUCUUACCUUGGUCGGCUGUCGGCUGCCGGGAGAAGAUUCGCACACGGCCAUCCGUUCUGCCUCCCGCCUCUUUCGGAAUACCGACACGACCUCGACGACGGGCCCAUGGGUGCCAAAGCUCGGCGAUCCAGGAGCGGCAAGCCAAACGGGCGAGCGAGCGAGACGACGCCGGACGUGGACGUGGACGCAAACGCAUACGCAAACCAGACGCGCAGCAGCGGGCUGCGGAUCGUGACCAGCAGCGGACAGGCGACGGCGAUGAACACAAGCGUGGAGUACCGGCGCAAAGGCGGACCGCAGGAGUCGGACGUGGUGACGGCCAGCCUGAUGGCGCGCGAGUCGUUCUCGCUGGACGAGCAGGUGGUGGCGACGCCGCGGCUCAACAACCACGGCUUCGGCCAGCUGCCUCGACAGGAUCAGCAGAACUUUGGGCUGCUGGUGCUGCUCUACUUUCUGCAGGGCAUCCCGCUCGGACUGGCGACCGGGUCGGUGCCGUUCCUGCUGAAGCAGCACAUGUCGUACGGCGAGAUCGGCGUGUUCACGCUGGCGUCGUACCCCUACUCGCUCAAGCUGCUCUGGAGCCCGGUGGUGGACGCGCUCUGGAGCCCGCGACUCGGCCGCCGCAAGAGCUGGAUCCUGCCCAUUCAGCUGCUCUCGGGCGUCGGCAUGCUCUGGCUCGGCAGCCGGGUCGAGGACUUGAUGGCCACCACCGGCAAGCCGGGCGGCCCUACCGUCUGGACCUUUACCGGCUGGUGGUUCUUCCUCGUCCUCAUGUGUGCCACCCAGGACAUCGCCGUCGACGGCUGGGCCCUCACUCUGCUCUCGCCCGGCAACAUCUCCUACGCCCUAGGCGGCUAUCUCACCUUUUGGGGCUGGGCUUUCAUCGUCGUCACCGUCGCGCUCGCCCUGCUCAAGCGUGAGGACCGCUCGCACAACGAGGAGGGCGUCUGGGACGUCUACCGCAUCAUGUGGGGCGUCCUGAAGCUGCGCAACGUCCAGGCCAUCAUCCUCGUCCACCUGAUCGCCAAGAUCGGCUUCCAGGCCAACGACGGCGUCACCAACCUCAAGCUGCUCGAGAAGGGCUUCGGCACUGAUAACCUCGCCCUUACCGUCCUCAUCGACUUCCCCUUCGAGAUCGGCCUCGGCUACUAUGUCGGCAAGUGGUCCCAGGCCUACACUCCCAUGCGCCUCUGGUGCUGGGGCUUCAUCGGCCGUCUGGCCGCCGCCGUCUUUGCCCAGCUGACCGUCGUCCUCUAUCCGGCCGGCGGCGUCAACACGUCCUACCUGCUCAUCGUCAUCGUCGAGCACGUCAUGUCCACUUUUAUGAACACCAUGAUGUUUGUCGCCGUCUCCGCCUUCCAUGCCCGCAUUGCCGAUCCCGUCAUCGGUGGCACCUACAUGACCCUUCUGGCCACGGUCUGCAAUCUCGGCGGCACAUUCCCGCGCAUCUUUGUCCUGCGGCUCGUCGACGCCUUUACCGAGGCCACUUGCAUCCCGACCUCGUCCAACCCCGGCGUCACGCUCAACGGCCCCAUCGUGACCGAACCGUUUUCGUGCUCCGUCCAGGCCGAGAAGGAGCGCUGUCUGGCCGGCUUUGGCACCUGCGAGAUGCAGCGUGACGGAUACUACAUUGUCAACAUCAUAUGUGUCCUCGUUGGCACCAUCACUUUCGUAACCUUUAUCCGGCCCCAAGUUCUGCGUCUGCAGGCCCUGCCAUUAAAGGCAUGGCGUCUGGUCAGCACCAGAUCAUAG